UGCUUCCAUUUUUUUUCUUUUCCCGUACAUGCAUGCGCCAUAGAUCAGUGCUUGUUCCUCGCUCGUUGUUGUGUUGUUUUCAGGAAGACGGUUUGGUCUAUACAAUUAGAAGAUGAACUGAAUUAGUAUGUGUUUCCUGAAUCCUGAUCCCGAUCGUCGUGUUAUCUCUUAGUGAUGUUUUAGGGAAGAAGUUCUGUAAGUUUUAUACAUAGUUUCUUUUGAUUAUACGAUUAUAACCGGAUAAGAUUGGACGUCAUGUUCCUUUGGGAGCUAAUGGAGUUCAGGAUAUGCUCCAGAAAAGGAAAAGCGGUUCGAUUUGUGCGAUGGCAAUUGCCCGAAUCAGACAUGAGCACCUACAGCAGCUGAACCGUACGAUUUUUUUUUCAGUUGGUGAAUUCUAGUUGACAGUAGUCAGUAAAACGCACCUUAAGUUGAUUCAGUUCUAGAUUAGAAGAUGCAUGCAGUGAAUUAGUAUGUUUCCUGAUCCUUGUUAUUUAAUUUGUUCUUGAAUGUUUUCGGAGCUAGAGAGGUUCUGUUGGUUUCAUACGUGGUUCUAUCUUGGUUUGACGAUUAACUGAAUUACGUCCUCAUGUUCCUUUUGCCAACAUAAAGUUCAGGAUAUGCUCCAGAAAAGGAAAAGCAGUUCGAUAGGUGCGAUGAACCAUUACCCAAAUUAGACAUGAUGAACUCCUCUUCUGUUCAUAUAUGCUAAUAGCUACAUGAAAGUUUCAGGAUAACUGUCUGCGUGAGAAAUAAAAGAGACAAAACAAUCCAAACACGGCUACCAGUCCUCAAGGAAUUCAGUCAUCCUUCAUGAUCACCGUCCCUUUGCUUUAUUCCCUCUUACAACCAUCAUCCAAAUGCUUUAGUUUUCCCUGCUGCUGCAGCUGCUUUGCUCUUUUUUUUUCCACGAACAUCCAAAAGCCCUGUGUGACAGUCACAGAAAAGCCAUGCGUAUCCUCUCCAGCAGUCCAUGGAGCUUUCGUCACCGCCUCUCUUUUACCCUAAUCCUUGUUUAAAGCCAAGCUUUGUUGUAUUACACACCGGUCGCCUUGCUUUUCAGAUGCCUUUCACCUCUUUAUACACAUAUACCCCUGUCCCUGUCAUGACAGUCAAUCCAGACUCCAUAAACUACAUGUGCAGCAGUUGCAAGGCUAGCUUCUGAAUUUGGAACACACAAUAGCCCCAACUGUUUCAAGGAAGAGGAUGAGUGCUAUUAAAAUGGGGGGAAAACAACACUGUUUCCUGCAAGCUGCAACUGCCAGCACUCAGCACGACGGAUUUAGCACUAGGUGUUAAUGGCAGUUUGUUAUCAAAUUGGCAUCACGAAUCUGGUCAAUGCGAGUGAAACAGUAGCACAGUAGUAUUACAGUGUCGGAACCGGCGGUAAUCUUGCCCACAAAGCACGGCAAGAACAAAGCACUCCGAUCCUUUAGGGCGAUGCUUUGGGGCAAAGAAACACAUCGUUUUCGACCGAGGAUGUCAGUCGAGCGAGACGAAGCAGCUAGCCAGCUCGCCGCGGCGUUUCUUGGGUGUAGAUGACGGUUGGUAGCGGCGUCGACAUGGAGGCCGGCGGCGGCGCGGCGGCGGGCGGGUCCUCCGACGGCGAGGCGCGGUGCGGCGGGCGGUUCGUGGAGGAGUGGUGCUGCGCCUGCGCGGGGCUCCUCGCCGGGCCCAACCCGAUGAUGGCGCGGUACCUGUACGCGCUCAUCUUCCUCGUCACCAACCUCCUCGCCUGGACCCUCCGCGACUACGGCAACUCCGCCCUCGACGAGCUCCAGCGUCUCAAGGUCUGCCAGGGCGCGCGCUACUGCCUGGGAGCCGAAGGCGUGCUGCGGAUCAGCCUCGGCUGCUUUCUCUUCUUCUUCGUGAUGUUCCUGUCCACCGUGAACACGAGGAAGGUGCAUGAGUGCCGGAACUCGUGGCACUCGGAGUGGUGGCCGGCCAAGGUCGUCCUCUGGCUGGGCCUCACGGCCGUCACCUUCCUCGCGCCGUCGACGCUCGUCCAGCUCUACGGAAAGGUCGCACAUUUCGGAGCAGGGGCGUUCCUGGUGAUCCAGCUCAUCAGCGUGACCAGGUUCAUCAUGUGGCUCAACGACUGCUGCCAGUCGGAGACCACCCGGAAGAAAUGCCACCUGCAGAUUCAGGUUGUGUCCAUCGUCACCUACGUCGGGUCGCUGCUGGGGAUCGUGCUCAUGUACGUGUGGUACGCGCCGAGCCGGGCCUGCAAGCUCAACAUCCUCUUCAUCACCGUCACCCUGGUGCUCGUGCAGCUCAUGACCUUCGUCUCCAUGAGCUCCAAGGUAAAGGCAGGGUAUCUGGCGCCGGGGCUGAUGGGGAUCUACGUCGUGUUCCUGUGCUGGUCGGCAAUCAGAAGUGAGCCUCACACGGAGAUCUGCAACAAGAAGGCAGCAGUUGCAACGAGUGCGGACUGGGUGAACAUCGCGAGCUUUGUGAUCGCGGUCAUAGUCAUCGUGGCGGCGACCUUCUCGACCGGAAUCGACUCCAAGUGCCUCCAGUUCAAGAAGUCGGACGGGGAGUCGGAGGAGGACGACAUCCCCUACGGGUUCGGCUUCUUCCACCUGGUGUUCGCCAUGGGCGCCAUGUACUUCGCCAUGAUCUUCGUCGGCUGGAACGCGCACCAGACAAUGGAGAAGUGGACGAUCGACGUCGGGUGGGCGAGCACGUGGGUGCGCAUCGGCAACGAGUGGCUAGCGGUGAUCGUGUACAGCGAAUGCUUGCUUGCAAUUGCAGUAUGGAUGAUGAUCGCGCCCAUCAUCUGGAAGACACGGCAGGUGGGAUCAUCGGCGGAGACAUGAACUGAUGAACAAUCAACCACUAAUGUGACAUCAGAAAGCACCAAAAAAAAGAAAAGAAAAGAAAAGGAAGAGGUCUGAUCAAGAAGAGUUCAAGACGCACUGCCUGCUGGUCAGCUAAUUUUUGCUAAGCAGAAGAGGUGAAGGGAAGCCAAGGAGGGAGCUAGUAGUAUUAGUAGUAACACCCAAGUAACCAAGGCGGCUUGAAGCUCGGCUGAGGAAGCGCUCCUCAUCGAUCGGACGAUCGCUGCACAAAACUGAAAGCGUCAUCUUUUGCUUGUCGCUGAUUCUCGCUGCAUUGAUGCCUCGACAAAAGCAAGGCAGCAUGCUACAUGCAAUUGUUGUAUAAACAAGCACGGGCAAGUUGUAUCAGUAGCUGCAGAGGCCGGAAUAAAGACUUGCCUUCGCAAA